AUGCCGAAGCUGCAGAAGUACAGAGGAGUGAGGCAGAGGCACUGGGGCUCCUGGGUCUCCGAGAUCCGCCAUCCUCUCCUGAAGAAGACUAGGGUCUGGCUUGGCUCGUAUGAGACGGCGGAGGACGCGGCACGGGCGUACGACGAGGCGGCGCAGCUCAUGAGCGGGCCCACGGCGCGCACCAACUUCCCCUCCGGCGCCCCCGUCGGCGGCAGCCUGUCCCCUGCCCUGCGUGCCAAGGUGGAGAAAUGCUGCAUGCCGACGGCGAAGGGCGCCGAGAUGACCGGGGCGGCCAUGGCUAGAGGCUACGACGCCCGCCAAAACAAGCUCGAGGACAUCAUCAAAGUCGUGGAUGAGGAGGAGUGCAUCGAGGAGAUGAUCAGGGAGCUCACCCACUACGGCUCUAUGGAGAUCGUCCUCUCCCCCGCCUGCUCCAGCAGUCCAGCUCCGUAA